AUGGACUACGCAGCAAAGGGUGACGAGGCUCUCGCCCAAUCCAAUGCCCCCCUCGCUUUUGAACACUUCACGCGCGCCCUGAUCCAGCAUCCCCGCUCCCCGCAAUACUACAUCCAGCGCGCCACAGCCUGCGGACGCCUGAAGCCAGAGCAUGGCGGGCCGAACUCCAGCCUUGCCCUGCACGACUCAGAAAUCGCCCUAGUGCUUGCCGUUGAACGUGGCAAGCGCGAGCUCAUCCUAGCAGCGCAGUUCCGCCGCGCGGUCUCGCUUUUCCAGCUUGAGCGCUAUGGGGACGCAUCAUACCUCUUCAAGCUGCUGGAAGAGAAGUCGGCCGCGACAAAAAAUACCCAGGAUGAUAGCAAAGAGGCCAAGCUUCAGACUGCUAUGAAGGGUGGGAAGGGCAACUUGUACGAGACCCAGUUACCCAUCUGGAUGAUGAAGGCCGAUCGCAAAUUGAAGGAACUUCCUGAGGGCGAAGCCAAAGCCAAUGUCUCUGUUGUUGAAUACCCUAAGAAUGUCAGUAUUCCUGGUGAAGAACAGUUGAAGGCCGAGCUGGCUGGAAAGCUUGGAACUCCUGCGUCUGUCCUUGAGCAGUCGGCUCAGGCUACUGCUGCUCCGAGCGCGGCGAGUGAUACUCCGAGGCCCGCGGCUAGCUCUGCUACUCCUCCUACACCUGCUGUUCCGGAGAAGGUCCGCCAUGAGUGGUACCAGUCCCAGGACUCUGUUGUCGUCACACUCUAUGUGAAGAACGUCCCUAAGGGCAAGGUGGAGACUGACUUGAAGGAUGACUCGUUGUCUCUCCAAUUCCCUCUUCCCUCGGGCUCUGCCUACGACUUUACCCUCGACCCCCUCUACGCCCCCAUCGACGCCUCCACCUCCAAAGUCUCCGUCAUGGGCACCAAAAUAGAAAUCACCCUCCAAAAGAAAACACCCGGUCAGAAAUGGGGCUCACUCGAAGGCUCCAGCGAAAGCGUGAAGCUCACCCAGCGCCCUGCUGCCUCUACGGCAUCAGCCGGUCCCUCAUAUCCGACCUCAUCUCGCCACGGCACCAAGGACUGGGACAAGGUUGCGUCCAACCUUACCACUAAGACAACCAAAAAGGAGGACGGAAAAGAUGACGGCAAUGAAUCCGACGGCUCGGAUGUUGGCGGUGAUGCCGUUGACGGUUUUUUCAAGAAGCUGUACAAGGGUGCUGACGAUGAUACCCGCCGCGCUAUGAUGAAGAGCUACAUCGAGAGUAACGGAACUUCGCUGAGUACCAACUGGUCUGAGGUUGGAAGCAAGACGAUGGAGCCUCACCCUCCCUCCUAA